UUCUUUUAAUAAUAGUUAUGUAAUUAAAAAAAAAAAAGGGUAAAUAAUGCUUCAAAAAUCUGAUGUCAAAAUUACCUCGACGCGCCUGAAUUAGUAAAUAAAUUGAACUUCGAUUACAAUAAACAAUGGAGAAAGUAACCAGUGACGAUACCUCGAUUUCCGAAUCAAAUGGAAUUUUCAACAAGUUACCACCAUGGCUUGUAGAAAUGACUGAGAGUGUGAAGAAACUAAAAACGCCAGAAGAAAGACUGAACCUUCUAUCGUGCAAGCCAUUUGCAUCCGACGAACUAUCGAUCAGCCCAGCUAUUUGUUCGAUGAUUACCGGUGUUACAGAAAAAAGAAACAGAUCAUACGAAGAGCCACGUCGACUGUCAUUUGCAGUUGAAACUCCCGACGGAGUUGGCGGCUGUAUUAUUUUACAGUCAUCGACAACCACUUCACUUCCAAAUACACCGAACGACGAACAUGAAUUUUCACGAACCUACUCGGCACUCUCAGCCUUCAGUUUACCCGAAUCGAAUGAAAACAAGUUCGCAAUGUUGGAUACGUACCUGGAAAAAAAAGAUGUCCAGGAAGCUGUAGAUUCUAAGAGUGGGGUAACAAGUUUGGAAUGUUUACGCUCCUCUUCAGAGUCGAAACCAUCUGCCGAAACUGAACAGCUGUUAGAUCGUACCGUUCUAGACAGAAAACCAAUCGAGAGACUCGCUGCUAAUCAUUCGACCAUUGACGUUCAGAUAAAGAAAACUAAAAGAACGACUCGACAGCAGCAGCAAGUCACUGGAAAAUCUUCGAAAAUUCACAUACCACCCUACAGACGCACGAGUACUAAUUUAUUAGAAGAGGAAACUGGUUUGAAUUUACCUAUCGGAGUAGUGAGAAGGAAGCAAGAUUAUUUAGCUGGAGUUGCGUCAAGAGGAGAUAUUCGAGUCGAAAUUGGAGACCCUGUUCGGGGCGAUGAAAAAAAUAUAAGCGGAAAUAAAUUAAGAACUGAAACUACAGUUUCUGCACCUGCGUCUAUUUCACAGCAGAUAAAUGACAGUAAAUUACCAAUAACAGAUAAAGUUGCAAAAUUGAAUCUACAAGCUUCUAGAAAACCAGCUCUCACCGAGGUUGUUAAAAAAAGUGUGCAAACUGAUUUAAAUCAAGCAGAAAGUAGUCCAAACUCACUCUUGUCCAAUUGUAGGCGACCCUUGUAUCACUAUGAGCGAAAUCCACCAAAAGAAAAGUCUAUUGCUCACGAUUUCAUAAUACCUGAACUACCGCAUGGAACAACGCUUGUCAUAGAUAUUUUAACAACAUGGGGUGACAAACACUACGUAGGGCUCAACGGAAUUGAGAUAUUUUCUGAUAUAGGUGAACCCGUAUCCAUAAGCAAGAUAUGGGCUGACCCUUCGGAUAUAAACAUCUUACCAGAGUACAACAACGAUCCACGUGUUGUCGCCAAUUUAAUUAACGGAAUAAAUCAAACUACAGACGACUACAACUUGUGGCUCGCUCCGUAUACAAGCGGAAGCCAUCAUUACAUUCACAUGACGUUUGAGACGGCAGUCAAUGUUGCAAUGUUCAGAAUUUGGAACUACAACAAAUCCAGAAUUCAUUCUUACAGAGGAGUUAGAGAUGUUAAAAUUACACUUGACGACGUCGUUAUAUUUGACGGAGAAAUUGCCAGGGCAUCCGGAGGUGUGUUUGGCAACAUUAAUUCGUUUGGGGAUACGAUCCUCUUCACUACGGAUGGAAACAUUUUGGAGCUGAUAUCGAAACACGAUGCGAUGUAUUCUUUCGGUACAGGUGAAAUAGAAUCACCGACAAAGGAAACGGAUCGACCAAUAACAACUGAUACAGGCGAAGGACGUCCGCUGACCUGUGCCAGCUCUAAUCAAUCAAACUCGUCUAAGUACAGCAGUAAUAUUUUUUCGUACAUUUGCAAAGAGGUUGAACUAGUUCUUCUUUCUAAUUGGGGACAUCCCAGUCUCAUCGGGCUGACUGGAAUAGAGUUGAUAGGUGACCAAGAUACCACAAUUUCUUUAACACAGGCCUCGGUGUCCUGUAACGAUGGAAGCACGCAUCUCAAUCGAUUGAUUGAUGAAAAUAACUUGACUACAGAGCCUAGCCACAUGUGGGCGACUUAUUUUUCACAAGGCGAUAUCCCGACAUUAACGAUUACUUUUCAAACAGAGAUAUUUUUUACUGGAAUCAGAAUUUGGAACUACAAUGCCUCCUUGGACCUUUCGUAUUGCGGGGUGAGGCAAAUGCUCGUUAAAUUGGAUGGGAAAUCAGUGUGUAACGAUCGUGAUGGUUUUAUGUUAAGAAGAGCACCGGGUAGUUGUCACUACGACUUUCUGCAAGAAAUUAAUUUCGCUAAUCAAUCCGCGAUAUCAGAACCAUCGAAACAUCGGAUUACGUCGAACGAUUCGUUUCUCAUAUCGAAUCACAUGUGUGACAAUGCCGACUACGAAGCUCCGAUGAUGCCGCAAGGAUUCGUAUAUCAGGUGAUCAUCUUUUCAACUUGGGGCGAUUCUUAUUACGUUGGCCUGACCGGUAUCGAAAUGUACGAUUCCAGUGGAUACAUGAUUAAAUUAACGAAAGACAAUAUAACGGCCUACCCAGAAAGUGUGAACAUAAUCGAGGGAGUAGACAACGAUGUUCGGACUCCUGACAAAUUAUUAGAUGGUGUAAACGAUACCACAGAUGGUCAUCAUAUGUGGCUGGCUCCGAUUUUACCAAAUCAGACCAACAGAAUUUACAUUAUCUUUGACUCUCCAGUUAUGGUAUCUGCUAUUAAAAUGUGGAACUAUAAAAAGACUCCACAGCGCGGAGUUAAAGAAUUCGCUAUAUUAGUGGACGAUUUGUUAGUCUACAAUGGUGUUCUGCAUAGCCACAUUUCUUGUGGCACCAUAUUGUUCAAUGGUAGUAAGGAUGAUGCCUCUGAAAAUCACAGUUUGAUUCAAAGUGGACAAAUUGGCCAGGACACCAAGCUUUUAAAUUUGGAUAGACGAGCUACGUCAGGUGGAGACUGUUAUGCAGAUCCAUUGCUGCGACCACAUACAUCACUCAUACAGGCCAAUGUACGCAAUAAUACAACACCUAACAUGUGAUUGAUAUUCACAACAGCAUGAAGGUUUAAUAGACUGCAUUAAUUUUGGAACGAUUGUGUGAUUACAUUUUAAUGAGUACGAGCUGUUCACAUAUGCAAU